AUGGCUAACAAAGAUGUUAAAGUGUUGGCGGUAGGAGAUGUAAAUGGGAACUUCAACUUGCUACGGAAGAAGUUAAAUGUAAUCAACAAAAAAGUAGGCACGUUUUAGAGUUGAUCUACUUUCAGAAUGGUCCUUUUGACCUCGUAUUUUGUGUGGGGGAAUUCUUUGGCCCAAAUGAGGAGGAGAAUCAGGCUGUGGUGGAGGGGAAGAUAGAAUUCCCCAUCCCUUUGUAUAUAUUGGGUAUGUUUCGACUUUGCUUAUUUUCCAAAAACCCAUAUUCAGGUCCAAACUGCCCGUCGACAGCUCGUUUCUAUCCAGAAACUGGAGUCGAAUUCUCUCCUAACUUGACAUUCCUUGGACGUCGCGGGAUCCUGCACGCCGCUUCUGGUCUCACGAUUUGUUAUUUGAGUGGGAUCGAAGGGAAAUCUGCAAAUCCAUUCCAGUUUGUAGAAGACGACAUUGAUGAUCUCUUACUUCCUGUCAGAACUCAGUCAGGGUUCCUCGGUAUUGAUGUUCUACUGACUUCCGUAUGGCCUUCCAGCGUGGCCAAACAUUCUAUAAAUCAGCCUAAUGCCGAAAAUGAGGGAUCUAAGCAUAUAUCCAGAUUAGCAGCUGCCCUAAAGCCUCGCUAUCACUUCGCUGGAAUGGGACCUCAUUACGAGAGGUCGCCUUAUAGAAAUCAUCGAGUUCUUGUAGAAGCCGCCCAACACGUGACCCGAUUCAUUGGACUAGCUCCAGUUGGGAAUCCGAAUAAGGAAAAGUGGAUAUAUGCAUUCAAUGUAAAGCCGAUGAGGUUCCUCACCAGACCUGAAUUGACAACUCAGCCACCCAAUACUACCGAGUUCCCUUAUAUGGAAAUUUUGACAGAAUAUGUCCAAGAGUAAGCAUCUAAAUGGCAAAGUAAUAUAUAAUACUUUAGGCAACGAGAAAAGGAAGUGCAACGGAAUUCAAGCCAAUUCUUCUUCGAUACGGCGCAUUAUUCAGAUGAGGAGGAGGAAGGAGAAAAUUCUCGGGGACGGCGACGAAGAGGAGAUCAGGAAAAUGGACCUCCACCCAAGAGGAAGCAGAACAUCACCGAGGAGAACUGCUGGUUCUGUUUGUCCAAUGAGAAAGCCGAGAAACAUCUGAUUGUCAGUAUUGGCUCGUCCAGUUAUAUGGCCAUGCCUAAGGGUCCAUUGAAUGAUUUGCAUGUUAUGGUAUUAAGUGUUGGCAAGUUUAUUUAAAUGGAUACCACCUGUAAAUGUAAUGGAUGACACAAUUGUUUCGUUUAGGCCAUAUCCAAUCAUUGGCCGCUGCGUCAGAACAACUCAAAGAAGAAGUCGCUAAAUACAGAGAUGCCUACACUUUGGUUUGUAACCAGAAAGGAAUGGCUUUAUGUAUUUUCGAGAGGAAUUAUAAGACCUCUCAUCUCCAAGUUCAAUUUGUUCCACUUCCAAAGGAUGUCGCCAAACAUCUUCGAUCAUCGUUUGUGGAAGAAGGCUCCAAACGGGGAAUCGAAUUCGUUUUCAUGAAAGAAGAUGAGCAGAUUUCUGACUUUGUAAACGAGGGAUCACCCUACUUUUAUGUGGAGCUCCCAGAUUCAACCCGCCUUUUCACCAAGUCGAUGAACGGAUUUCCAAUCCAAUUUCCUCGGGAAGUAAGAGAUUUACAGAUCUAGACGAUCACUAUUACAGGUGUUAUGUGGUCCCAAACUCCUGAAUGCCCCCGAGAAGGUGGAUUGGCGGGAGUGUGUUCUGAGCAAUGAAAAUGAGAUCGACGCCACUCAACGGGUCAAGAAGCUCUUCAAACCAUUCGAAUUCAAUGAGGAUAGUGAUUCAGAUUAA